GCGUCUUAAUUGCACAAGAAGAGAAUGACGUUUAUGAGCGUUUUCACAUAUCUAUUGUUUGUCGCAAUGGCACAAUCUCACCCGAUUUCCUACAGCUCAUACGAUGAAAGAGAAUUGUCCCGAGAUCACUCUCCGCUUCUAUUCCUUGUUGAUCACCGAAUUCCAGACAUGGAGAACGAAAUGUUCGACUCGGGAAAUGAUCCUGGAGCAACGGUGAUUCGGACUAAACGAAUUGGAUCCUUGUCCAUCGUGAACUCCUUGGAUGUUUUACGGCAAAGGGUUCUCCUCGAACUUGCUCGACGCAAAGCGUUGCAAGACCAACGACAGAUUGACGCGAACCGACGUAUCUUGGAAAGCAUUGGCAAGAGAUCGCUAUCCCUUUACAAUGGAGACAUAUCCAGGGCUGUUGAUUCGAGAACAAAAAAUGGACUUGAAUACAUAAUCGAACAAGAAAGGAAGAGUCAUAAUCGAAAUGUUACACCAGAAAGAAUCGCGGAGAAUAUGCAGGACUGGCUCCAAACAGAUGAUUCUGCUUUUCAAGAAAGGCAGGAUGACCAGACGCAAAGGGUACAACCGAACGAACUACGUUUACUGUAAUCAACAUGAAGAACCGAAGAACAAGAC